AUGCCGUGCAAGUGGUUGGCCGGAGAGCGGAAGAUGUUCUAUGGCCUCAGCGAGGUGGCGGAUGAGCAUCUGGAUGAGUUCUGGUCUCAUAGCUGGCGCACCAGGUCCUGGCUCAAGUAUGUCAACAUCCUCUCCCUGAACAAUGGCUUUCCGGCGUUUGUGGCUGCCUCUCUCUGUGCCCUGGGAGCUUUCUCCUUAGGUUUGGCAGGCUUCUUGCCAGUACAUCACGGUGCUGGGCCAGCAAAUGCAAGCUGCGCCAUAGCCAGCACCCUCGGCUACUACGUGACCCUUUUCCUAUGGCAGAGUAGGAGGCUGGCUUUCCUUGAUCUCGCCUGCAUCAGCCAGACAGACGAAGUGCUGAAAGCUGCCUCCCUGGUUAGCAUGGGUGCAUUUCUGAGAUGCUCACAGUCGCUUCUCAUCCUGUGGGAUGAGACAUGGAUCACGAGAUUGUGGUGUGUGUUCGAGAUGGCAGGUUUCUUUCACAGCAAAGGGCAUGGCGCGGAGGAGUCUGUGCGGGUUUGCCCGGUGUUUACAGGCCCCGCGUUUGUUGUGGGCCACCUCGGUCUCAGUGUGCUCAUGCUUACAUUGUUGUGCACGGGCCUGCCGCUGUAUCCUUGGAGUGGAAUCUUCGUAUGCGCAACGGCGUUCCCAUGCCUGCUGCUUCUUGCCCGUGUCGUGAUUCAGCACUGUCGAAGUAUUGAUGUGGUUCAACAUCAAGUCCGUCAUUUCACUGUUCAACAGUCCUCGUGUUCUUGCUGUGUCCGCGGCCACGUGAAUGCCGACGGUGACGCAGUGAUGUGCGACCGCGUCAUCCUACUUCGGUGCAUUUCUGCUUGGUUCGGGUCGGUGUCAAAGUUCGAGUCUCACGUUCGGAGCCGGCUUUUGAAAGCUUUGGUCUACCAGCUAGCAAAUCAGGCGUUCUCAUACUGGCGCAUCGUGCAGGCGGCAAGCCCAGUUGCAUUUGCCGUAUUGGACACGCUCGGCCAUCUCAACAGUCAUACCGCAGUGCUGGAGGUGACGCUUGCAGCUGCAACUUAUCUCUUCUGCGUGGUUCCAAGUUUUGCUCUGAUUCUGCUUCGCCUGGCUUACAGAGUCCGCAACAUUGGGCACAGCAUGUGGGCGCAGUGGCUGCUUUCUGCUGCUCUCGUGGCCGUAGGGUCGCUGCUUUUUGGGGCCUACUUCUCGUGCGAGCUAGCUCUUCACCAACUUUCGUCCGAUAACUUCGGGAACUGGGUGCCUGCGAACUCGGCGCAGCUGAUUGUGAUGGGUGCCGUUACCCUCGGUCUGUGGCGUCGCCUACCUGCUAUUGAGAUGUCCCAAGAUCCUAGCGGGGGACCAAAUCCGGCACCCUCAGCCGAAGAUCCAGCUGCUCCGACUCGAACGAGUCUUUGA